CACAACGACCCUACCCCGACAAGAACAGCACUGCACUCUUACACAACCUGCGACCUCAUAUAGUAUGAUAUGAUACACCCCAGCGCAUGUAUUUAUGAUAUGAUACUCGCCCCCCCAUCAAACCAGCAGAAUGUCCACGCACCCCAAUCACGCGAAAACCCACGCCUCGCCCGCAACCUUUGUGACCCACCUGCUAACGACAUAUCCCCACUCCCGCAUAUCCCUGAUCCUCUGCCUUCCCCCGCAUCCACAUCCGCUCCCGCGCCUUCCGCGAACACUCCGGACCAUCUCUGCUGCGCGCAACGUGCUUGUCGCGUUCGCGCCGACGCCGUCGCUGUUCCGCGCCACGGUCGCGAGUCUGCUGGAUAAGGGCCGGGAGGAGAUUGGGGUUUUGGCCGUGUGGGGACUUGUCCGGGCGCACUGGGUGGCGGGGAGCACGGAGUGGUGCGCUGGAGGGAUUGGCAGGGCGAUUGCGGCGGUGGUGGAGAUCGCGGGGUGUGGAUGGGUUUUUGGGGAGGGGGUUGUUGAGGAGGAUGGAGAGGGUGGGGGUGAUGGAGGGGGUAGUGAGGGUGGGGAUGGGGAUGGGGUGGAGUGGUGGGGCGCUGAGGUGCCGAUUUUAGUUGGUGGUGAGAGAAGUACAAAUGUUGCGGGGGUCUUUGGGAAGUGGUGUUCUGUUGAGUGGAAGAAGAGGGAGGAGGGGGUUGCCGGUGGGUGA